CUCUAUCUUUCUACCUAGAAAAAGUAACUAUUGAACCUCAGACAAUGGGCUAAGAAUCUCAAAAAAGCAUAUGACAAAAGCACGUCGCAGUUCGAGAAUUUAGCACUAUUCAGUAUUUUGAGUGGUGCUCAAACGAAAAAAAUGCUAUCAGAGAUUCAAAAAGCAUGUUCUGUAGAGAAUUCAAUUCUCUAUCGAAUGAGACUAGAACCAGAUUUUUAGAUCAUUCGGAAGUGGCUUAAAGAUAAAGAACAAAAGUGUCCCGUUUAUUAUGCGCCACCCGUUAGAAGGAAUUUCAGAUCUUUUCUCAUACAGAUCCGGAAAUUGUAAUACUUAAUUGGUUAGACAUUACUCUUCUUAGAUAUGUGAUCUUUGAAAAGUACUUAGACUACAGCGAUCAUUCUCUAUGCAAAAUUUGGUUGAUUAGUCGCUGUUUGUUUUAGCCAGAUUCUUUGUAAACUAGUCCCAUAGCAUGACUGAGUGAUUUGCGAUUAGUUUAGUUCAGUGUUUAGUCCAUUACGUUAUUCAAAAAGUUUUCUUUUUUGUUUAAUUAUGUGAUCUUUUGAAUAUUUAUUUUUUUACCUAAUAAAAUUGAUUUGCUUUUGCUAAUAUCUUAAUUACAAUCAAGCAGUAAAUAAAUUUUUGAUACUAGAAUUGCGUGAGCGUUAGAUUUCGAAUUAGUGGACUUAUUACUUAUAUAUUCUCACUUAUAAUCAAAAUGAAAUCUUUAAUGUGCUGCUAAAUAAUCGUUGAUGUUCGCGUACACAAAAAAUUUUGUAAAAAAACUGAACUGUAACUAUUUAAUUUACCGAUAAACAUUGGCAUACGUAAUCUGUUCUGAUGCAUACCCACCCUGAGGCGCCAGCCAUUCUGUCAAAUAAAUUUUUCUCAUUUGACUUUUUAUUUUACGUUUUUCUUUCCAUGUACAAUUCAAUUACAUGUUACGUAUUUAGUGAUUAUAGACUCGUGCGGUGUCUUUUUUUGUGUGUAGUCGAGCGAGCGAAGAAGAAAGUAUAUAUGUGCUGAUAAUUGUCAUAUGAUUCUCUGAAUUAUAGGUACUAAUUAUAGCGGUUUGACAUUUUUUUUGUUCAAUUUGACGUUACAUACAAAUAUUGUUUUAAAGUUCAAUUAACUAACAUACAAACGAAACGAUUGUUCGAAAAAAAGAGAAUGAAUGAGAUUAACGAUGUGUUAAUCAGAAUAAAAUUCGUCAAUUAGUAGAACGUUGUUUUUCGUACAACUCACCUCUAUUUUCUCAUAUUGCUGGAAAUACCAUGUUUGAAAAAUAAACGAUAUUAUCUUGAAAAAUAAAGAUCAAGCAUAAUGUACAAUUUUUAUGUGUUUGAAACAGUGAUUUACUUUCUACUCUUUAUUAUUAUGUUUGUUGAACUGUGGUUUACGUUAAUGCUACUUAGGUAAAGUAUGAACUGCGAAUAUGAUAAACGGUAAUUAUUUUCUUGUCACGCAGAAUGCAUUCUUGAUUUGUACGCUGAUUCUCGCAGAGUCACUCCUUUGUUACUUGACCGAUCGAGAAAUAUUGCCCCACUGUAACUGAAAAACAAUUUUGAGUAUAAAUUAAUUGUUUCUGAAAUUUCUUUAUAGACUUUUUAAAAAGUAAGAUUUCUGACAAUAAAUUUCACGUUUCCCUGUUAUUAGAGUAUUUCAAUCAAAAGAAAUACCAUAUUCGGACUUGGCUCGUCAAACUGUAUCAAAUGAUGUAUAACAAAAAAAGUUCUGUCUAAUAACUGAUCAUUUCUAUUCUAGAACAUUGCGUGCAAGUUAUGUUUUCAAAGGUUCAGAUUCAUUGACGAAUAUGGAAUCGACAUGUAAUUGUGAAAAUGGUGGAACAUGUAUUCUGGGUGCAUUUUGUGCAUGUCCAAUAGCCUUCACCGGUCGAUAUUGUGAGACAUAUGUACAUUCUAGCUGUGCAGUAUUAAAACAAUAUCAUACAAUUGAAACAGAUUGUGUAUUAUGUAUAUGUAUCAAUAGUUUAUUAGUCUGUGAUGUUCUACCAUUUGGCUCAUGUCGUCUUAAAAGUGAUAAAAAUCAAAAAUUAUUCAAAACAAAACUGAUCGAAAACGCAUUAAAGUCGAUACAACAACGAUUUACUCAAAUUCGGUCACUAAAAAAACGUUUUGAUAAAUCUGAUGAUAUUGCUGUCAUCUUUAAUAAUUAUUUUGAUACCAUAGACAACUUGUUAUUCGCUAAUAUUAACUAA